AUGCCCGCUGUUACCACCGCCGCAACCACAGUCCCAACGGCCGUCAAGGCUGGCGCACUCGACGCCCCUGCCUUGCUCGUUUGCGACAAGGCCACACGAGUGGCUGCUGUAGAAGCCCUCGUCUCCAAAAUCCAAAAUGAUGGUCCUGCUGCUAUCCAGUCCAUCAACCUCGUCGAGAGCAUCAUCUCUGCCCUCUCCGACAAGAAGAACCCUGCAAACCGCGAGGCUGCCGCGUCCUGCGUCCAGCUCCUUGCUACAAAGGGUGCCGCUGCUCAGCUCGAGCCAUUUAUCCUUGCCGACGCUUCUAGCGGCCUUAUUCCCGUCCUUCUCGAGUCGCUCGCCGAUAAGACUCCGGCCGUCCGUGCCAACGCCCUUGAUGCCCUUGUGGCCGUCAUCGAAAACUCGAGCGUCUGGUCUGCCUCUCUCAUCCUCCCCGUCCUCUUGCACCAGAUCAAGACGGCUGGAAAAUGGCAGAUCAAGACUGGGUGCCUCACCGCACUCAACACGCUCGUCAAGGUCGCACCCACCCAGACGGCCAGCCAGACUCCCGAGAUCAUCCCAGUCCUCGCAGAGGCUAUUUGGGAUACCAAGGCUGAUGUCAAAAAGGCUGCCCGCGACUCGCUCAAGAAUACGACCGAACUCGUCUCCAACAAGGAUAUCGUCAACUUUAUUCCCGCGCUGAGGAGCGCACUCAUUAAUCCUGUCGAAGAGGUCCCCAAAACUAUUCAGCUCCUUUCUGCUACGACUUUCGUUUCGGAGGUGGAUGCUCCCACUCUUUCCCUCAUGGUUCCCCUUCUUUCUCGUGGUCUUCAAGAACGUCCUGUGGCGACGAAGCGCAAGUGUGCCGUUAUCAUCGACAACAUGGCCAAGCUCGUCGAUAACGAACACACCGUUCGUCCCUUUAUCCCCAAACUUUUGCCUGGUCUCCUCAAGGUCGAAGAGGCCAUGCCAGAUCCAGAGGCUCGCAGCGUCUGCCAGCGUGCCAUCGCUACCCUCCGCGGCGUUGCCAAGUUGCCCGAGGGUGAUGGUAGCCAGCUCCCACCCGCAAAGGUGGUCGACGUUGCUCACGUCUCCAAGUUGCUCGCCGCUGCCUACAAGAAGGCGGGCGCUGCAACUGUUCCAGACCUCAGCUCUCCUGCUGCCGUCUAUGCCUGCAAGCUCGCUGCGAACAUGAUCACCGUUCGCAUGUUCGACUCGCAAGAGUGGCUCAAGUCGCUCCCUACCUACAUUUCGUUCAUCGCUUCUCAACCCGAUGCCGAGGCUGUCACGCGCGAGUUGCUCCUCAAGAGCGCUAGCGAUGACGACGACGAGGCCGAAGUUGCCGAUGACGAAGAACAAGGUGAGGAUCUCUGCAACUGCACCUUUUCGCUCGCCUAUGGUGCCAAGAUCCUCUUGAACACGGCCACUCUCCGUCUCAAGCGUGGCCACCGCUACGGAUUGUGUGGUCGCAACGGAAGCGGCAAGUCCACUUUGAUGAGGGCCAUUACCAACGGUCAGGUCGAGGGCUUCCCAUCGCCAGACGAAGUCCGCACCUUCUACGUCGAGCACGACAUUGACGGAAGCGAAGAGUCCACCACCAUCCUCGAUUUUAUUCUCUCCGACAAGCGCAUCCUCGCGGACAAGAAGGAAAUCACCUCCAUUGGUUCACUCUCUGGUGGUUGGAAGAUGAAGCUCGCACUCGCUCGUGCCAUGCUCUUCAAGGCCGACAUUCUCCUUCUCGAUGAGCCGACUAACCACUUGGAUGUCGUCAACAUUGCCUGGCUCGAGAACUACCUUACGUCGCUCACCCACUGCACAUCCAUCAUCGUCUCGCACGACUCUGGCUUCCUCAACAACACCAUCACGGAUGUCCUCCACCUCAACCGCUUCAAGAUCAGACGUUACCGCGGCAAUCUCGAGUCGUUUGUCAAGGCGGUGCCCGAGGCCAAGUCGUACUACACGCUCGAGGCCGCUGAUGACUACAAGUUCCGCUUCCCCGACCCGCCAUUCCUCGAUGGUGUCAAGACCAAGGAAAAGGCGCUCCUCAAGAUGCGCAAGGUUGGCUUCCAGUACCCUACCCAGACUCAACAGCAGCUCUACGACAUUACGCUGCAAGUCUCGCUCUCGUCCCGUGUCGCUAUCCUUGGCCCCAACGGAAGUGGUAAAUCCACUUUGGUCAAGCUCCUCAUUGGCGACAUGGAGGCCAACAAGGGCGGAGAGGUCUGGAAGCACCCCAACUUGGUCAUUGGCUAUGUCGCCCAGCAUGCCUUCCACCACAUUGAGCAGCAUCUUGACAAGACGCCGCUCGAGUACAUGCUCUGGCGCUACCAGACUGGUGAGGAUCUCGAGGAGAUGAUGAAGGCCAACCGCGAGUUGACGCCAGAGGAGGUCAAGAAGAUGAAGGAGGGUGCCAACAUUGUCAUCGACGGCCAGAAGCGCAUUAUCGAAGAGAUCAACAACCGCAAGAAGCUCAAGCAGUCGUUUGAGUACGAGGUCUCCUUCAAGGGACUUUCGUCCAGCGAGAACGUCUGGUUGCCCCGUGAUGAGCUUGUCAAGCGCGGCUUCGAGAAGCGCAUCUUGGAGAUUGAUACGCGCGAGGCUCAACGUCUCGGCUUGCUCCGCCCACUCGUCCGCAAGGAAAUCGAGAAGCACUUUGCCGACUUUGGUCUCGAACCAGAGUUUGUCUCGCACAACUCGAUGCGCGGUCUCUCUGGUGGUCAAAAGGUCAAGAUUGUGUUGGGAGCCGCGACCUGGCGCCGCCCACACAUCCUCGCCCUCGACGAGCCGACCAACUACCUCGAUCGCGAGUCUCUCGCAGCGCUCAUUGGCGCUCUCAAGGACUUCAACGGUGGUGUGCUCAUCAUCACUCACUCGCGUGACUUCAGCGAGUCGGUUUGCAGUGAAGUCUGGGCGAUGAGGGAUGGUCACCUCGAGGCAUCUGGCCACAACUGGGUCGAAGGUCAGGGCUCGGGUCCAAGAAUUGAUCAGCCAGCUGGUGAAGAUGAGGAUCAGUACGACGCUAUGGGCAACAAGAUUGAAAAGUCAAAGUUGAAGAAGAAGUUGACCUCCAACGAGGCACGCAAAGCCAAGAAGGAUCGUAUGGCUCGUCGCAAGCGUGGAGAGGACUCUGAUGGCGAAUAA